GCUACUGUACCGCCCGACGCUCCAGUCGCCGUCUACAGGGUAGCCACCGCCAACGUUCAGACUCUGAAGCCGUGGCAGGACAAGCGCAGCUACGCGUGCACCACCUUGGCCCUGAUGAACAGCAAGGUCCAGUUCCUCGAGCAGCAGUUCCGAGAGGCCGGUUUUGCUUGCGUGGGACUUCAAGAGGGCCGCGCUGCGAAGUCCUCUCGACGGGAUGGCGUCUACUACACCAUGUUCGCCGCUGCCGCGGAGGAGGGGGGCAGCCUUGGAGUACAGCUUUGGCUAGAUCGUGACCUCGGCCAUCAUGCACUCCAGUGGCGCGAUGUCUCUCCCAGAAUCAUCUUUGCCGUCACUGUGUCUAAACACCAUGCCGUACAUGUCUGGAUCUCUGCGCACGCCCCCACAUCUGGGGCGACGCGGGACGACCGCCUCGCGUUCUGGUCAGAGCUCACGUCCACCGGCCUGAAGCUCAAGGCACGUUUUCCGCAGGCGUGCUGGGUGGUGACACUCGAUGCCAAUGGACGCGUUGGCUCCGUGCCCUCCCCGGCCAUUGGUACGGCGGGCGCGGUCGCAGAGAACGAGAAUGGCGAGUCCAUGAAGGGGUUCGCCGAGGAGCUCAACCUCGUCGCCGUCAACACCUUCACCGGUGGCUCUCCGACGUGGCAUUCCACGAAGGGGACCCAUCACCGAAUCGAUUAUCUCCUGGUGCGGCAGAGUCACCAGGAGUGGGUCUCCGACGUCACGGUGCACGCGGACCUGGACCUCACUUUCAAUGGAUGGCGCGACCACGACGCUGUGUCGGCCGUACUGCGGGUGACACAAACCGACUUGUGUGCCGCCGUUCGGUCUCCUGCCCCUCCGAGGCUGGACGAGACCCACAUGGCCGACCCCAGCAAAGUGGCCGAUUUCCAGCGGCGGAUCCUCGUGCCGCCAAUGCCGCAGGCUCCGCACGUCGACGACUACCUGGAGCAGCGGCGUCAUCAGUGGUUCGUGCGCGCCGCCUUUGACGCAUGGCUGGCCGGUCUUCCAGCAUACCGACUCUGCCGCGUAGCUGUUCGUGAGGGCCGUCUCGCUUCGCCCCUGGUUGCCCACGGCGUCGCAGUGGACUCCUUUAACGCCUCGGCGCGCGCUCGCAAGCUCGAGGCGACCUACCAUGCCGUGAUCUUGAAGCUCCAGCGGAUGGCCAACGUGUCGCUGCAGCACGACCGCCAGGAAUUCUUGGCCUACCAGUGGCCGACGCAGUGGUGUGGCGGCCUGCUAGCCCACGUGCACAAGCAGAAAGGCGACGUGCGCGUGUGCGACAACAGCCGGGGCAUCUUGCUAGCGGACCACGCGGGCAAGGGGCUGGCGAGCAUCGUGAAGGAUGCCCUGAAUCCGUCCGUCAAUGCGCAGCUGCCGCUCACUCAAUUCGGGGCCGUCUCGGGAAGAGGCGCCGACUUCGCCACCCACAUCGUCCUCGCCGCAGUGGAGCUUGCCCGCCAGUGGCAAGCGUCCUUAUUCCUCCUGUUCGUGGAUCUUGUGAAGGCCUUCGACAAACUCAUCCGCCAACUCGUUCUGGGUUGGGGCGGCCUCCCUCCCAGUGCACGCCCUGGCCACCCAGAGGCCCCGGGAGUGGCGCCGCAUGCAGUACGGUGGUUCACGAAGUACAUUGAGGAGCGCGGGCACUUGUUUAAGCAGUGGAAGGUCAACCUCUCUGCAGCGGAUAUGGCCCGCACGCUGCACGAGCAGGCCUGGUUCAAGCUUCCAGGAGGUUCUCGCGUGACGGCCUCGCUCACGGGAGGCCGGCAGGGAUGCACAUUGGGUUCGCUGGUGUUUAACUCAGCGUACACGCCGCCGCUGGACAUGCUCAAGUGGCGUCUAUCGCAGGAGGGCUUGACUCUUCGGCUCACCGACGCUCCGAUAGCAUUCUGGGCUGAUGUUGAUCCACCCGCCCCUGAGCAGGACAUUGUUGACGCCACCUUCGUGGACGACGAGGUGGUCAUCCUGCUGUCCGAAUCGCCCAAGGCGCUCGCCCGGGCGGUCGACACCCCCCUUGGCAUCAUUACCGACGUGUUUGGCGCGUUCCACUUGGAGGUCAACUGGGGCAAGGGCAAAACCGAAGGCCUCGUCGCUCUCCGCGGCAACGGCGCGGUCGCGGUGCAGAAGGGUUGGCGGCAACCUGAUGGUACCCUCGCCACUUUUGUGCCCAAUUCGCACCAGAUGCUGCACAUCGUGGACGAGUACAGGCACCUCGGCAUUUUUGUUUCGGCACAAGGCGUACAUUUUCGGAACGCUGUGCACCGUGCCUCUGCAGCUCUAGGCGCGUACUCCCCGAUUGCUUUCAAGGUGUUUGGGUCCAGCGUGAUUGAUGACAAAUACAAACUUGUUUUCAUGCGGAGUUUAGUUCUUUCCCGCCUCACCUUCAAUCUGCACGUUUGCGUUUUGUCCCUUCGUACCUUACAGGAGCUGGCAGGAGUUUACAUGCGCGUGCUGCGGCGGAUUGCCGGCGACCCCCGCUUCUCCACAAAGGGGGAGAUGACGGACUUGGAGGUGCGACUCAAAUUGCAGAUGCCCUCGUUCGACUGCCCCCUCAUGGUGGCCCGGUUGAGGUAUUUCGCCCGGUUGGUUCGCAACCG